GUAAGCGUCCAUAACCGUCCAUAACACCUUACCGCGUCGCGCAGUUUCUAGAAACCCCUGCAAACUUCGACGGAAAGAUUUUUUACCCGAUUUUCUUCCAGCACUUUGAUCCUCACAACGAAAAAUUCAGCGCAAUUGAGUCUUCUUUUUGCUCCUAAACAGUACACGUUCCUCUUCUAUUUCCGUUUGGACGUCGCCGUUGUUGACAAUUCUCCGUCACCGGUGGUCCUCGGCAGUCUCCUAAAGAUGUCUACGGUGUCAUUGACUUCCCCGGCGGUCGGAUCUUCUUUAUCGCAGUACACGUACCCCAACGGGACCUACUUUCCGACGCCAUUCCACCUUCAACAGCAACCGCCGCAAGCCUACAUCGGCCCCGCCUCCCUCCCCCCUGUUCAAGUCCCCGUUCCUUCCGUCGUUCCUACAGUAUAUCCAGUUACUGCCCCUCUUCCGAGUACAUCCCUGUCUCAAUAUCAACAAGCAAAUCAGCUGUUCCAAAGGGUUGCGCAAAUAGUUACACCAGAAGCAAUUGAGAAUGUGAAAGCCGCACUUGCAAGCAGUGAAAUCGAACAAAAAGCUGAUGCUAAGAAGAAAGCAGUUCAUCGUAAAGCUGCUGGCCAAACUUGGGAGGAUCUUACCCUUGCUGAUUGGCCAGAAAAUGAUUACCGUUUAUUUUGUGGUGAUCUUGGAAAUGAGGUGAAUGAUGAUGUUUUAUCAAAAGCAUUUUCAAGAUUCAGAUCAUUUAACAUGGCCAGGGUUGUGCGAGACAAAAGAACAGGCAAAACCAAAGGCUAUGGAUUUGUGAGUUUUUCCAACCCUUCAGAUCUUGCAGCAGCCCUUAAAGAAAUGAAUGAGCGCAAGGUCUUUCAUAGCUAAUUAAUCAAUUUCACAAGACUCCCAACGAGCGAGAAAUGGAAAAUAUGUUGGGAACCGACCUAUCAAACUUCGGAAGAGUAGGUGGCAAGAUAGGAUUGACUAUGAAGCUGUAGAUAGGCAAAAGAACCAAACUCAAAAGAAGGCCAAGAUGCCCAAGAAGAACAUAUUGCACAAGUGAAUGCUGAUGAGGCAUGCAAUUUGAGGUUCAAAGACAAGCUGCGUAGGAAUAAUUUUUUGAUAAACUUUAGAAGUCGAUAUUAUGUAAUUAUUAUGUUUGGAGUACUAGUUACCCUGGAGUUCUGACAUGAUUUGUAUGGAAUACAUAUGGAAUUUCACAUUUUUUAGAUGCAAGAUCUCAGUUUGUGCAGAUCUCUUCUGAACUAUAUCUCCAAGUGGAAAUAGUGUGUGAAGGUAUUGGUAGACUUGGUUCUAGAACCAGACAUAAACCAUGCAGGUAUAAAAAAUAUAAGUAGAUUGAGUCGGUCUUCUUAUCUGUUAAACCGAACUGCAUUGGGUUCACUGGUAAGGGUUAUAAUUGACUGGAAUUUGGAAGAGCUUGUAAUUUGUAUUAAUAAAUCAAAUCAUGGUGUUUG